UCAAUGUCCUUGUUGUUUUCCUGAGUCCAGGGGUCAGGCUUUGGCCGAUACUGCUGCUUAAGGCGUUGUGGUCGAGCCAGUUCCUGUCUAUGUGCUGUGAGUGGAGACAUCAGCAUGUUUGUGUAAGUUCAAUUGGGUGAUGCUUCCUGUUGAGCAAUGUGUGAUAGACAGCUACAGUUAAUAUGCCGAAGUUAAUGUGUUAUAGCUAAAGGCCUGGUUAUAACAUGCUCAGCUAAGUGCUCAUGCUUACACUAGCUAAAUAGGACAAAUGAUAUAGCAAGUGCAAGCUAACUAGCUAAAUUGCCAUACAUGUUUAAUGCUUUUCGACUUGUCCCCAAAUUAAUGUCAUUGGUUCAGAGUUUGUUUUGAUAUUUGAACCUGAGUGUCGUGAUCACAUUUGGUGUAGGGGGCAAAAUAAAUGUAUGCACGACGCGCACGCGGUUUGUGUUCGGUGUUGGCGUUUGAGAAAAAACGCCUCUUUGUACUGGGCUUGCGCAGCUGUAAAUCGGACAAGAUGGCGACGAGCAAUGGUGGUGGAAUGGAGGUGGAUGGGGCAGGUAAUUUCCUUUAAAAUCACAAUUGAUUUAUCUGAUUAUGAUAAGGUUGUAUACAUAUUGUGUAGUUUUCAACUAUAUUCCUUUGUCGAUGGUGUUAGCGCAUUUAGCUUGCCAUUAUUUCGCUUAUGCUUUUUCUAACGUUACUACAGCGAGGCUACCUAACGUUAGUUAAUUUAGAUAAGGUGACUGUCCAGUACUUGUGUGUAUAUUAACGUUACUGGUAUAUGCAAUUUCCAAACAAGUGCAGUUAAUGUUUGCUAGUUAACGAACUAAUUCAACCGCCAUCACAUGUUGAUUGGUCCGUCCGUAUUACCUAACUAAACUAAACAAUGUAAACCACUAGCGUUAGUUUAUCGAUUGCUGGCUACGUAACAGUUAACAUGUUAAAACGUUACCUAUUUUGCCUUCUUAGCUAGGUUUAAUAACAGCGCAGUAACAGGUCCUCUAUACCUAGCGAGUAGUUACCUAUAUUUUUCUAAGCUGUUAGUAAGUUUCAUGGUGGCAUCUUUUUUUAAAUGUGGAUUGGGAUAGCAUUGUUGAACAAAUCAAAGCUUUGAGGAAUAGAAUCAAUGCCCUUUUUUAAUUGAACUAGUCAUCACUGUAACGUUACUCUUCCUGUAAAGUUAGAUUACUCAAAUCCACCCAAUUCACCUGCACACGGAUAUUGUAACAAUCGUCAAAAAUAUAUAUUAUUAAAGACAAGAACACAAAUGCUUUGUUUGCUCUGAGGCAGGUGGUCGUGUUAAGGCCAUAUUAGCUAUGUUUGGCUUUAGAGAUGACCAACAAUAAAGGAAACCCACCCUCUCUCUCUGUCCCACAGCCAGCCCCAGUGUUAUGGUCUCUGGGGUCACCGGCAGUGUCUCUGUUGCCUUGCAUCCUCUGGUCAUCCUCAACAUCUCAGAUCACUGGAUUCGCAUCCGCUCCCAGGAGGGGCGGCCCAUGCAGGUGAUCGGCGCGUUAAUCGGGAAGCAGGAGGGUAGAAACAUUGAGGUGAUGAACUCCUUUGAGCUGCUUCAUCAAUUGGUAGAUGACCGAGCACACAUUGACAAGGAGUACUACUACACCAAGGAGGAGCAGUUCAAACAGGUCUUCAAGGACAUGGAAUUCCUGGGCUGGUAUACCACAGGGGGUCCUUGUGACCAAUCAGACAUCCACAUUCACAAGCAGGUGUGUGAGAUAAUUGAGAGUCCACUCUUCCUCAAGCUCAACCCGAUGACCAAACACACAGAUCUCCCUGUCAGUGUGUAUGAGUCUGUCAUCGACAUCAUCAGUGGAGAGGCGACCAUGUUGUUUGCUGAGCUGGGGUACACUCUGGCCACAGAAGAGGCGGAGCGAAUCGGAGUGGAUCACGUGGCUCGCAUGACAGCCACAGGCACAGGAGAGAAUUCAACAGUGGCCGAACAUCUCAUAGCACAACACAGUGCAAUUAAGAUGCUCCACAGCAGGGUGAAAGUCAUCUUGGAAUAUGUCAAAGCAGUGGAAGCAGGAGAGGUGCCAUUUAACCACGAGAUCCUCAGAGAAGCCAAUGCCCUGUGCCAUAGACUGCCUGUUCUCAGCACCAUCAAAUUCAAGACUGACUUCUAUGAUCAAUGCAAUGACGUGGGCCUCAUGGCUUACCUAGGUACCAUCACUAAGACCUGCAACAGCAUGAACCAGUUCAUCAACAAGUUCAACGUCUUGUACGAUAGACAGGGCAUCGGCCGGAGGAUGAGAGGACUGUUCUUUUGAGUGACACAGAGAAAGAGAGGGAGAGGUCACAAGCACUGCUUUUCCAUUUGUUUGUCUGUAUUUUAUGUUAAGUAACACUUGUGACACACACUCAGAUACCAGUGAAUGUUGUUCUCAUCAAACCAGUUUGUUUUCAAAGGUAGCAAAUGCUAGAAGUGUCUCAAAGGCCUCCUGUCUAUACCAGAAAAUCACACACACAAACAGGAAGAAGGAAACAUUUUCACUCGCACUUUAACAUUUGUGAGUAUGCACAUUAAUGAAUUCAUGUAUGUGAACAGAAAAUACAAUUUCCCUUUUUCUUUGUUUUGUUGUUCCAUGUUUCUGUAAGUAAUAAAUAAUCUGCUGAUUUUUCUUGGGA